GUAGUUCACACGUUGUGACUUGAAAGUAUCAUAUUUUUGUUAGUGUUCAAAUAUGAUUAUGUCAGGUUUGUGUGAGAAAAGUUUUGCGGUUUCAGCGAAAUUCAGCAAUUUCUAUGGUGGGGGAGACGUUGUUUGGUCUGAAGAUGGUGAAUGCAUAUAUUGCUUAAACAACACGGAAGUUUCUGCCAUAAAUGUAUCUACUGGUAAACUUGUACGUGCUUACAGUACUAAUGACUUAACGCCGGGUAAUAAAAUAGAAAGGAACGAAGAUGAUCAGUUGGAAGAUGAAAUUCCUUGUUUUUCACUUUCGCCUGAUAAUACAUUGCUUGUAACUGCUCACCGUAGUGGCUUGUUGCGUUUAUGGUCUGUCGAAUCUGGAAAGGUUGUUAAAUUGUGGAAAAGUCAGCACAAAGGUCCAAUAGUGAAAGUACAAUUUAGCACAUGCGGAAAUAUUAUAUGUUCCAGUGGGGCUGAUUCCUCAUUGCGCAUAUGGGACUAUGUGCAUAGUACAUGCAUGUGUGCUCUACGAGAAUUUAGUGGACCUGCACUGGUUUUAGCAUUCCAUCCAGAUAUUAAGCGGACAGAGGUGUAUGCCGCUGGUGCUGACAACACGAUAUAUUGUUGGAAUUAUGCUGAAAAGCGAUUAUUGCGCCAAAUGCGUGGUCAUCUUUCGCAAGUUACGGCUAUAACAUUUUUAGGCGGUGAAAAUGGUUGCGAUUGCCUGGCAUCUGUAAGUCGGGACAAAGUUUUAAUUGUAUGGCGUCUUGCUGAUGCAUCACAACAUAAAGUUAUACCAAUGUUUGAAGAAUUAGAGGGCGUAGCGUGCUUAGUUAAAAAUAAUAAUAGCCCAGAUGUUCUUAACGUAGUUGUAUCAUGUGCGUCGGGAGCUUUAAAAUUGGUGGAUUGUAAUACAUCGAAAUUAACAACAUUGACGGAAGAUACCAGCCAAGAAUUUCGCCAAUUAUUACAUUGUAAACGCUCUGAACAAUUGGCUGUGAUUACAGUGGAACAAAAUAUAUUGAUAUACAAAGCCACUGACGAAUGUGUAGCUGCAAAUAAGCUAGAAUGUGCAAAACAGUUAAUCGGCUUCAAUGAUGAAAUACUGGAUAUUUGCUUUUGGGGUGAGAAUGACCGUUUCCUAGCUGUAGCGUCUAACAGCAAAAAUAUUAAAAUGUAUGAUACCGAAGCUAAUAUGAAUUGCAAAAUUGCGAGUGGUCACAAUGACACCGUUAUGACGUUAUCAGCCGCUGGAGGUACUAACCUCUUGCUUUCAGCCGGCAAAGAUCUUAGCAUAUGUUUAUGGAGAGUGAAUCCAAAUUCGUUUACACUCAACUGUGUGGGCCGCAAUAACAGCAGUCACACUUCCACAAUUGGUUGCAUUGCAUUUGGUUGUAAUACCGCAGCGUUUUUUGCAUCAGUCUCACAAGAUGGCAGCCUUAAAGUCUGGAAUUUGAAGAAAAAUAAGGAUGCUCCACACUCCUUCAAUUUGAAGUAUUCAGCUUUGUCUCACGACAAAGAAGUGAAUAGCGUCAGUUUCUCACCAAAUAAUAAGUUAUUGGCCACGGCAUCGCAAGACAAAACCGCCAAAUUGUGGAGCGCUGACAGUAAUGCAUUGAUUGGUACACUACGUGGUCAUACGCGUGGAGUUUGGUGUGUGCGUUUCUCCCCAGCCGAUCAAGUCGUUCUAACAUCUUCUAGCGAUUGUACACUACGCCUUUGGUCUUUAGCUACGCUAACUUGUAUUAAACGGUUCGAACAAGAAUGUACCGUAUUACGUGCUGAAUUCAUUGACUAUGGCAAAUAUGUAGUAUCUGCAGCAUCUGAUGGUCUACUGAAAUUGUGGAGCAUAAAAACAAACGAAUGUGUGCAAACUUUAGAUGCGCAUACAGAUCGCAUUUGGUCGCUAGCAAUAUCCACACGCAGUGGUAAAUCCUUUUAUAGCGGCGGUGCAGACUCCAAAUUGAUACAAUGGCAAGAUGUGACAACGGUAUGUCGAAAUGAUGAAAUUGAAAAACGUGCCGAGGUGGUGCAACAAGAGCAAACAUUGCAAUCGCUGCUACAUCAGAAGAAAAACUUGAGAAAAGCUUUUAUGUUGGCGCUAAAACUAAGCAAACCUAAAACAACUUACAACAUUCUGAGCGACUACGUGCGUGAACGUAACGCAGAGCCUGUUCGUGAGUUAAUUAAUGCAUUGAACUGUGAUCAACGUGUUACUCUCAUGGAGCAUGCGAAAGCAUGGACGACAAAUUCACGGCACUGUAAAAUUGCGAAUCUUGUUUUACAUUACUUACUGAGUGACUGCAUUGGCGCGCCUACUGAACAUGGCGUGCCUGGCAUGCGUAAUGUAGUGGAGGUGCUUACGCCAUACCUUCAGCGGCACCACAAACGUGUCAAUGAGCUGACCAAGGAAUUGAUGUUCCUCGAGUUCAUCGUCAAUGGCAUUUAAAUAUGUAUGUAUAUAUAUUUACUUCGAAUGGAGUUGAUUGGUGUACAAUUUGCUAAUAUUGCAUAAAAAUCAAUGUUAGCAAAUUUACAUUAAUGUACAAUUAUUAUGAAUAAAACAAAAGAUUUUAUUUUAACGAAA